GUAUGUCGGCGGCCAACGUUGGGGAUCAGCUUUCCCAGCUCCUGACGUAGGCCGAACAGAGUCGACCGUGGACGUCAUGAAUGUCGCAUACGAAGGUGCAUCUUCUUUGACUCUCGUCCCAUCCACGCCAGCGCCCGCGGGCGGCUUCCUCUCCGAGGACGACGAUGGUUUGUAUUACGUGGGUGAUUUCGUCUCGGGGCACACUCCUGGCUUCGAGGCGGCUGCCCUCAGUGGACUGGACUGCGCUCUGCAUCUGGCCAGCCGAGACCUCGCCGAGGCCACGGCGAUUCGAUGA